CAGAAACGUUCAACUUCACUCCAUGCCCACCACUUGUCCAUCGCAUGAGAUUUCUCCCAUCCUUCAAUUCAUCCUCAGAGUAUGUGUGCUUAGUGAAAGAAGUGAAAGUCAGGGGUCACACUCAAUUUAACAAUUUGACAGCCAAUAUCUUCCAAAACCUCACUGCGGCAAAGUGUAUAAACGGAGUCACCUUACACAUUUCACAUCAUAUUAACGAAACUUCAACUACUUGUCGGUCAAGUAGUGAGAAUCUGAGAAAAGUAGCCACCAAAGUCUAUAAAUACCUCCUAGAACUAUUACCACUCUAAAAUAUUGGCGCCUGCCGCCUUGAGUAAAAAGAAAGCAAUUAUUAAACUUUCACUCAUUGUGCAACAGUCCUGCGAAUGUAAAAGUACUUGAGACCUGUACAAGUAUCAGAGCAGCCUGCUGCAACGAAUUCUGAGGACGAUGUAUUCAUUCUGUGCUAUCAAGCAGAACACAUCGUCGCGCUUCAAAUUAUUGGUCCUCUUCCUGUUGAAUGUGACCGUCAGUCUCGGAGGUGAGGAGCAUGUCUCAAUUUCCCCGACUUCACAAACCGUGGUGUCAUCUCAUUUAGCAAGUCGACCAAGACACAUCAAUGUGACCCAGUCCUUCAUACAUCAACUGACAUUGUCAUCCCCUUCGUCAUCGCCUCCUGCUGCACUGCCCCCCGUCGUCCUUCCCGUUGCCUGGCCAAUUGCCCAUCCUGACACAAAACAACCAGACUAUGGGAACGACGACGACGAUGACGACGAAGAACCUACGUCUUCGUCCACUCCACCACCAAGUAGUAGCACUUCAUCCGGUCUGGACCAAGCAAGUUUGUUCAACCCAACACCACCAUCGUCGUCCUCUGCCAACAAUGCAUCUGCAACCCCCACAAAAAAACGGACCAACAGGAAAUUAUUCUGCUCUCGAACCUACGCGUAUCUUGACAAAUGUCUGGCACACAUACCCCCGAUACCAGACACUGGGAUUCCCUCGACAGCAUCGGCUGUGGAAGCGGCUUGCAGGGCCUUCAACCAAGGCAUGCUGUGUGUUGACGAGUGGACAAGCAAAUGUCUCCCAAAGGAUAAAAUUGCAAAAUUUAAGGCAUCCAUCAGUGGAGCUCAUGAGACAUUCACAUUUUUAUGUCGCGAUCACAAAUUUCGAAACGAAUUUUUGUCUCACGGAAAUUGUUACAAAAAAAUAAGUUACCAAUGGGAUGAAUGCAGCAAACACUUUAUCAACAGUAUGAAAAGAUUUCAUUCUGAAAAUUCCACCAUUCAGUGUUGCGUGCGUUUGUCGUUUCUGCAAUGUGUCUCUGAGAUAAGUCAUUACCACUGCAACAGAGAGGCAGCAAAAUUUUUGCAAAAAAUGGCUGAAACUCUUGUGAGAGCUACUAUGCGCACGCAUUUACCCCCCCACUGCUUGGGGAUCAACCAGCGAAACUGCUCCAUCCUCAGCUCUGCUCCUCCCACAUUCCCAAUCACAAUCUCAACAAUGAUCUCAACCAUUCUGUUUCAAAUUCACUACUGGAGCAGACGCGAUCAAGAGUGACAGCCAUGAUGACACCAAAAUGAUUAACAAAAAUGAGUUUUAUAUGAUAUAUUUUUACAAACACGAGAUGAACGUACAUAUUCAAAAAUGUUUGUGACAGGAGUUUCUACCAACAAACCCGGAAAGUGUGACCAGAUACAAAUCUAUGAUAUAAGAUUAAGGGAAAGUUUUGGUUUUUCGACAAGUUAUAUUAAACGGAGGAAAGUGACAAAAAUGCAGAAUACAUGAGGCAGCAAGUCGGAUAACGCUAAAUCAACUCAACUUAAGUACAUGUUACAUUUAUGUAAAUACAUACGUUAUAAAUAUUAACCAUCGAAAAGCAUGCUGCAUUUUCUUUGCCCAAUUACUAAUUAUACGUGAUGUACAUUUAAUUAAGGUAUCAUUUAUUUAACGUAAGUUCCCAAUUGAAUUAGUUAUAUAAUUACUCUUAAUGUAAGUAGAAGAAAUUCCACGUUAUAUUUAGCAUGCGACAUGUACAUACAUAAAUAUGUACAUACUGUAAGAAGCUGUGGAAUUUUUGUGAUUCAUAAAGUAUUUAUGACGUUAAAUAGUUUCUUUAAUGCAUUUAUUGAAUUACGAAUGACUUUAUUGAACCGUUUUGACGUAUGCGAUUAUUAGACUUGGAUAUAAUUUAUGAUUGAAUUGUAAUAUGGCGUUGUACGUAAAUAUUAUUGUGUAAGCGGAGCACAUGAAUGUCCUAGUUUCAUUAAAGAUAAUUUACCAAUUAA